UGUAUUGGAUGGUGUGUAAAAAUGAAGUGUAUAUAGAGUUAGUAUUUAAGAAGGGAAAGUAGUUUUGAGAACUUAGAACUCCAUAUUGAAGGAGACCCACAUAUAGAGAAAGACGUCAAUUUGGGGUGGGUGUACCGUGUACGGUUUACACCUCAUAUAGUCCGGCCACGAGAGCGCAGAUUCCCUUGACAGUCUGGCUCGUGUCUCCUCACCAUCCAUUGUCUUCUUCUUCCGGUGAAUCAAUUAUCGCCGGUCGCCAUGACUCCGAUCAUCGAAUCUGCUUGGUCGUAUCUUAUCACUCAUUUCAGUGACUUCCAACUGGCUUGCCUUGGGAGUUUUUUCCUUCAUGAAAGUGUCUUCUUCUUGUCUGGGCUUCCCUUUAUAUUAUUCGAAAGGGCUGGAUGGUUGAGCAAGUACAAGAUUCAGACAAAGAAUAACACCCCGGCAGCUCAAGAGAAAUGCAUCACUCGUCUUGUUCUGUAUCAUUUUGGUGUCAAUCUUCCAGUAAUGAUUUUAUCCUAUCCUGUCUUUAGAUACAUGGGGAUGCGAAGCAGCCUUCCAUUGCCAUCCUGGAAGGUGAUUUUGACUCAAAUAAUAUUCUACUUUAUCCUGGAAGACUUUGUGUUCUAUUGGGGACACAGGAUUUUGCAUACAAAAUGGCUAUACAAGCAUGUCCACAGUGUCCAUCAUGAGUAUGCAACACCAUUUGGAUUGACUUCUGAAUAUGCUCACCCUGCUGAAAUUCUCUUUCUUGGAUUUGCAACAAUAGUUGGUCCUGCAAUCACUGGUCCUCAUCUCAUCACUUUAUGGCUGUGGAUGGUACUUAGAGUCCUUGAGACGGUCGAGGCACAUUGUGGUUAUCAUUUCCCGUGGAGUCUCUCAAACCUCUUGCCUCUCUAUGGCGGGGCUGAUUUUCAUGACUAUCAUCAUCGACUGUUGUACACGAAAUCUGGAAAUUACUCAUCAACAUUUGUUUACAUGGACUGGAUAUUCGGUACCGACAAGGGUUACAGAAAAUUGAAGGCCUUGAAGAGUGGUGGAAGUGGAGGAGAGGGCAAAGAAAUUUGAUGUAAAAAGUAUACUACGUAUAUUAUUAAGAUAUACUUUAAACAGAGAUCACAGGUGUGAAACCCAAUGGGGCUGUGACCCCCUGUGCAUCUUGUUGCGUGCUAUAUGGACAUGGUAGUCGUCUGUGUUUUGAAGCAGUUACGAGUCUAUUUUCGGUUCAAACGUCUCUUUGAUUCCGGCCUCCUGUAUUGAUUGUAUUUCAUUCUCAUUGCAUGCAUGUCUUCAUUGUUCUCUCUCCAUCAAGUGUCAGGAAUGUGGAAGUGUGGAACUGUUUGGAGUUCUCUUCUGUUGAUCAAUUUUAGCUCUCUUUGCAGUUCUGAAGCUUCAGAUUCGGCAGAGAAUUUUUAGUGUUUGGUGGUAUGCAUUUCUGUUCGUGGGAUCCAAUUGGGUCGUUGUUGUUGUGGUGUUGUUGGUGGUAUGCAUUGCUGAACUUCUUUCCGGUAUGAAGUUUCUUUGUAGUGUUUGAAAUGUGGUAUGAAAAAUGUUUGCUCGAAGUCUCAAA